AUGGGAGGCAGUGAUGGGAUCCUGGGGAUCAAUAGAGGGGAAAGCAAUUGUAGUGAAAAAUGGGUAAAGAGACGAGAGAGAUGGUUAGUAAUACUUGGUAUAAUCCUUCACGCAGUUUAUAUGCUAAGCAUAUUCGAUAUCUACUUCAAGACCCCAAUUGUUCAUGGCAUGCAUCCUGUCAAGCCUCGCUUCCAGGCCCCUGCUAAACGUCUCGUUCUCUUAGUUGCGGAUGGUUUACGAGCUGAUAAGUUUUUUGAGCCAGAUUCGGAGGGUAAUCACAGAGCACCGUUUCUGAGAAAUAUAAUUAAAAGCCGAGGUAGAUGGGGUGUAUCUCAUGCUCGUCCUCCUACGGAAUCAAGGCCAGGACACGUUUCUAUAAUUGCUGGUUUCUAUGAGGAUCCUAGUGCAGUCACAAAAGGGUGGAAAUCUAAUCCAGUUGAAUUUGAUUCAGUCUUCAACCAAAGCACGCAUACAUUUGCUUAUGGUAGCCCAGAUAUUGUUCCAAUAUUCUGUGGUGCCUUGCCACACAGCACAUGGAAAAGCUAUCCUCAUGAAUUUGAGGACUUCGCAACUGAUGCUUCCUUUUUGGAUGAGUGGUCUUUUGAUCAAUUUCAGAGCCUUCUGAAUAGGUCCACCGAAGACCCAGAGUUGAAGGAGUUACUUCUACAAGAUAAUCUUGUUAUAUUUCUGCAUUUACUUGGCUGUGAUUCGAAUGGUCAUGCCCAUCGCCCCUAUUCGUCUAUUUAUCUCAAUAACGUCAAAAUUGUGGACCACAUCGCAGAACGUGUUUAUGCCCUCCUUGAACAUUACUACAAGGACAAUCGCACAGCAUAUAUAUUCACAGCCGAUCAUGGAAUGAGUGACAAAGGUAGUCAUGGAGAUGGACAUCCUUCCAAUACAGAUACCCCCCUUGUUGUCUGGGGGGCAGGUGUCAAAUAUCCCAAGCCAAUCUCCAGUAGCAACAAUUCUGAUCAUGGUUUUUUUGUUGAUGCACAUGCACAUGACAUGCCAACUCCUGUAGAUUGGGGCUUGAAUGGCAUUGAAAGGGUGGAUGUGAAUCAAGCUGAUAUUGCAGCCCUCAUGUCAACUCUUCUUGGCCUGCCAUGCCCUGUUAACUCAGUUGGAAAUCUGCCGCUUGGUUAUGUUGAUAUGAUUGAGAUUGAAACAACAGUGGCUGUUAUAAGUUACAUAAAGUGA